UCACGGACAUAGCCGAGAAAACACAAAUUGCAGCAACAACGAAAUCAUAAUGAUCCGCCAUCAUCAUCAUCGUCGUCGUCGUCGCCAUUAGCUAACGAGGAGCUUCACCUUUCAAAUUUUUUGUAAAUUCUAUCGAUGUUCUUCUCCUCCUCCUUCCACUUUCUUCCGCAGGCCAAGACCACGCACGAGGGAAAGUUUCUUCCCCGCUCUCUCACGGAAGCUUCUGAUUGGGGAUUCAGCUCCCGCCCAUCGGAACCCUAUUGAUCCCCUGUUCGAUUCGGCGUGAAUUGUCCCCCUCCCCCAACGCCCACCUUGAGCCAGCCUCCCCGAUCAGCGUAUCCUGGAGGUUUAAGGGAUUUUAGGUUUUGGCAAUAUGAAGGCGAUGGAGACGAUACAGGAUCUGAUCGAGGAGGGUAAGCUCCGAACGGUUUGGUGGGCUCUGUGUAUCUUCGCUGUCACGUACUUCUUGUCCCAUACUAGCAAAUCAAUGUUGAUGAACAUUCCCGUAGCAAUUCUAUUGGUUUCUGGACUGCGCAUUUUGCUUACUGAGGUAGAGUUCCGGAGGAAAGUCCGAUCAGGUCGGCCACAUACAUACUUAACGCUUUUGGAGAGAAAGCAGAUGUCCCUGAACGAUUCUCGUCUUUCCACUCCACCACCUCCUCCUAAAUGGAAGAGGAAAAUCGGCUCACCGGUUGUGGAGGCAGCAGCGAAUGAAUUUAUUGAAAAACUUUUGAAGGAGUUUGUGGUAGACUUGUGGUACUCUGAUAUCACGCCCGACAAGGAUUUUCCAGAGCAGAUACGCGGAAUUAUCUUGGAUGCAAUUGGGGAGAUUUCAGGAAGGGUCAAAGCGAUAAACCUUGUUGACCUGCUUACUAGGGACAUCAUUGAUUUGGUUGGUGACCACUUGGAUGUCUUUAGAAGGAUACAAGCAACUAUAGGUACAGACGUUAUGCGAACUCUCUCCUCAGAAGAGAGGGAUGAAAGGUUGAAGUACCAUCUUAUGGCAUCUAAGGAGCUCCAUCCCGCAUUAAUAUCUCCUGAGAGUGAGUACAAGGUGCUUCAGCACUUAAUGAGUGGAGUUAUAGCCUCUGUGCUGAAACCUCGAGAAGCUCAGUGCCCGGUCGUGAGAUCUAUUGCUCGAGAGCUAGUGACCUGUUUGGUGGUUCAGCCCCUUAUGAAUUUCGCUAGCCCAGUGUAUGUCAAUGAAAUCCUUGAGUUAAUUUUCCUUGCCCUGAAAGAGGAUGGGGCUAAUAUAUUCAGUUUCGGCGCUGAUCAGUCAACAACCAGCAUGCCAGCUCGGCAUGAUUCUUCCACACGGUGUACUCGAGAUGUUGAUGCUUCAAGUAGUAGGAAUCAGUCAUCCUCAGUUAAUCGAGAGACCGAUAUUGUUUUGUAUAAAACAGGUCAUAGUACAGCUGAUGGUUCCACUAGUGCAAUCCAGGAGGAGCAGAAAGCUGGCAAUUGGGCGAAGGUGCUCGAGGCAGCCACCCAGAGAAGAACUGAAGUUCUCACGCCUGAGAAUCUUGAGAACAUGUGGUCCAGAGGAAGGAAUUACAAAAAGAAGGAGGCAAAGAAGGUUAAAGGAGGAGAAGUUGAAGAACCAAUUCUAGCUAAGUCAUCUGGUUCUAUACCCACCAGCGAUCUGAGGGAGUUCCGCGUCAGCUUGGGUGGAAAAACUAUCGGGCCAGAAGAAAAGGCAAUAGUCCACCUAAAUCCUACCUCUGGUCUUGAGACUCCACUGACUAAAGGGACUGAUGUUAAGAUGUAUAAUUCUAUUAAGGACAGCAAAGAAUCUUGGUUUGAGGAAAAUCAUGAGGAUGAGCUUGAGGAUACUGUCAGUGCUGAUGAGAACAUAACUCGGCUUAAGAGAUCUAGCAGUACCUCUGCUUUGAAAGUUGUGCCAGAUUCGAAGAAGGCUUUUACAGUAGAAAGUAGAGGCCCAAUUAUUUCUGAGUUCUACAAUCCAAGUGUCGUCAGUCGUAGUGGAGAAUACAAGGUCAAAAGUGUGUCGGAUGUUGUAUAUCGAAGUGAAGGACCACAUACUCCAAAGCUGAGGUGCCGGGUAAUGGGUGCGUAUUUUGAGAAAUUAGGGUCAAAGUCUUUUGCUGUUUACUCAAUUGCAGUAACAGAUACAGAAUGCAGAACGUGGUUUGUGAAAAGAAGAUAUAGUAAUUUUGAACGGUUACAUCGGCAACUGAAGGAGAUCCCAAAUUAUACAUUACAGUUACCGCCUAAGAGGAUAUUCUCAUCUAGUACAGAAGAUGCUUUUGUUCACCAGCGCUGCAUUCAGCUGGACAAGUAUCUGCAGGAUCUUCUGUCCAUUGCGAAUGUUGCCGAACAGCAUGAAGUUUGGGACUUUUUAAGUGCUUCCUCAAAGAAUUACUCUUUCGGGAAAUCAUCAUCAGUGAUGAGAACCCUAGCAGUGAAUGUGGAUGAUGCUGUAGAUGAUAUUGUUCGUCAGUUCAAGGGUGUCUCAAAUGGCUUGAUGCGUAAAGUUGUAGGGGCUACACCUCCGCCUUCUGAGUACUCAAAUUUAAUCACAGAAAGGAACUUGUCAUGGCAUGGAGAUGAAUUUGAGACACAUAUCUCCCGACAGAGCACCGCGGAAACCUCAAGCAUGUCUGAUAAUGAGGAAGGUGACAGAGAUCGAAAUCAUGGGCAUGAAGUGAAUGAAUGGCAUUCAGAAGAUGAAGUUAAGUUUAAGAGCGAUCCUCCUCGAGUGGUCCAACAUGAUGAAGAAACUGGGCAUUUGGGUUCUGAUAGGAAGGAUAUUGUAGUUAAGUCUGAUCAAAUGGUAAAAGAUGCUCCUAUGGUGGUGAAUUUCCAGGUUGGCCCUGAUCAAUGGGGGGAUCCAAAUGGCAUGCCACCUGAGUGGACUCCUCCUAAUGUCUGCGUGCCAAUGUUGAAUUUGGUGGACAAGGUAUUUCAGCUUAAAAGAAGAGGGUGGUUAAGGCGGCAGGUCUUUUGGAUAUCAAAGCAGAUUCUUCAGCUAGUAAUGGAAGAUGCUAUUGAUGAUUUUCUCUUGAGGCAGAUCCAAUGGCUCAGGAGUGAGGACACCAUUGCCAAGGGGAUUCACUGGGUGCAAGAUAUCCUGUGGCCCAAUGGUAAAUUCUUCAUUAGUCUCCGAAGUGCUGUUGCUCCAAUGGAUGAUGAUGCCCAGCCUGGUGAAAAACUACUUGACACGAUAAGCAAGUUUGGUGGCAGCAAGGGUUCCAAAGCUAAUUCCUUCGAGUUACAGCUUGAAGCAACCCGAAGAGCCAGUGACGUCAAGAAGAUGUUAUUCGAUGGUGCACCGACGGCUUUAGUGAGCUUGGUGGGGCCCAAGCAAUACAGGCGCUGCGCAAGAGACAUAUACUACUUCUCUCAGUCUACCAUAUGCGUGAAGCAACUCACUUACGGGGUCCUUGAGCUCUUACUGAUAUCGGUUUUCCCGGAGCUGCGGGACCUCGUGGUGGACGUCAGGCAGAAAAUGGCUCCCCGAUCACCCGAAAAGAACAGUCAAGCAUUCUGAAAUUUGCGGCCAGUGUUUUAGUUUUGUGGGAGCACUUACGUGGAACUUCUUGAUUAGCAAGAAAGUACAGUUUAUGUUAGUCCUGGGUCUCUGGGGUGCUUGGAUCGGCGUUGAGGGGUAUGUUGACGAGGCGUUGAUGGUAUAUAGGGCUUUCUUUUGUACAUCAGUUUCUAACUGUAUAGAGGGAGAUGUAACGGUGGAGUCGGUCUGUAGAUGUGAUUCAUCACGCAAGGAAAGGAGCCCCAAAUUUCAGGGGAGUUUUGGUAAUUAGUAUAGCAUGAAACAUUCAGAUUCACAGAGAUCAUUCUUCUCCAUUGAUUAGUGAAUGAACUUCAGAUUCUUUUCCCUUUUUUA